AUGUCUGUAAAUUAUGAUUUCACCGGAAAGGUAGCUCUGAUAACUGGUUCGAGUUCGGGUAUCGGUGCCGGCAUUGCCCAACUGUUUGCCAAAUCGGGUGCCAAUGUUGUAGUUACUGGACUUGAUUCGGACGGUGUAAGCAAAGUGGCCAAACAAUGUACAGCUGUGUCACCGAAACAGUUGCCAGCACUGGAAGUUGUCGGCGAUUUGACUGUAGAAGAGGAUUGCAAUCGACUGAUUGAUACGACUGUCCAAACCUAUGGCAAAAUUGAUAUAUUGGUCAACAAUGCAGGAAUGGAUAAGUUUGCCAAUAUUACCGAUGAUGGCUAUUAUGAAAACUUUCAAAAUAUUAUUCAAACAAAUCUGUAUUCAGUGGUAUAUCUAACACAUAAAUGUGUGCCAUAUUUGGCCAAAACUCGGGGCAAUAUUAUCAAUAUAUCGGAUAUUGGAUCCGAAAUAACGAUUAGUGACAGUUCCGCGUACUGUAUGUCCAAAGCAGGACUCGAUAUGUUUACCCAAUGUAUGGCCGCAGAGUUGGGACCCAAACAUCAUAUCAGAGUUAAUUCAGUCAAUCCCGGAGCUGUAAUCAGUAAUUUGUUGACUAAUAUGGGUUUACCUGAGACAGUAAUCGACAAUAUGUACGCCGAAGUUGGCCACAAAUAUCCGGUCGGUAGGAUUGGCCAACCGGAAGACAUUGCCAAUACUGUUGCCUAUUUGGCCAGUAAUACGGCGGCCGGCUUUCUGACCGGCAGUACUGUAUUGGUCGACGGCGGACAUCUGGCCGCCAAUGUUAACGUUGAUUGA